AAUAGAUUUUCUCAAAACAUUUAUUUUGCAAUUUAAGCAAAUUUUAGCAGUAAUCACUACAAUUUAAAUAAACACAUACACUGUUGUUAAACACAUAUAAAGUUGUUUAUUUUUUCAAGUGGCUUGAGUAGAAUUACUUAUUAUUUGAACAAGAAAGCAUUAAACAUUUAUACUAACAAUGUGCAGUCUUUUUGGGGAAAAUACGACAGCGUUGGAAGUUGUUGAAGGCAUCAAUUUAAAAGGGUAUGAAGUAAUUGUAACAGGUGGAAAUUCCGGAAUAGGUGUAGAAACAAUAAGAGCUUUAGCAAAAGCAGGUGCCAGAUGUGUUCUUUGUACAAGAGAUUUGGAAAAAGGACAACAAGUUGCUAAAGAACUAAUUGCUUCUACGGGAAAUGAUCAAAUCGAAGUGGAGCAACUUGAAUUAGACUCGUUAGAAAGUGUUGAUAGCUUUGUGCAAAGAUUUCUUGCCAAAAACAGGCCGUUAAACAUCUUGGUUAAUAAUGCUGGGGUUAUGGCGUGUCCUAAAUCUUUUACUAAAAAUGGAUUUGAGACUCAAUUUGGUGUUAAUCAUUUGGGACAUUUUGCUUUGACCAUUGGAGUUUUACCCGCGUUAAAAGAAGGCGCUAAACUGAUGAAUAAUAAAUCUAGAAUAAUUAAUGUCAGUUCAACAGCGCAUGCGUAUGGAAAAGUUGAUUUUAAUGACAUUCAUUUUACAAAAGAGAGAGAGUAUGAGCCAUUUGUAUCAUAUGGUCAAUCAAAAACAUGCAAUUGUUUAUUUUCAUUGGCUCUGACAAAACGGUUUUUUAACGAAGGUAUUGCGUCCAACUCUGUGAUGCCUGGAGUUAUCAUGACCAAUUUACAGCGAUAUAUAAACACAGAACAUUUAAAAGAGAAAGGUGUAAUUGAUUCAAACGGUAAACCUUUAAUAAAUAUGAAAUCAGUAGAGGCUGGGGCCUCAACAUCAGUUUGGGCAGCAGUGUCUCCAGAUUUGGAAGGAAAAUCAGGUCUUUAUUUGGAAAAUUGUGCAAUUAGUAAGGAAGAAUCAAACAUUGAAAAAAUAAGGGCGGAGAUUUUAGGUUACGCGCCCUAUAUUAUGGAUGAAGAUGCUGCUGAUAAACUAUGGAAUAUUUCUGAGGAAUUAAUAAAGAACAAAUCUAUUUAAAUAACAUUCAAAACUUAACCAUAUUUAAUCAACAGUAUAACAAAAUCUGUUUAAAAUGCAAUAUUAAUAUAAUUUAAGUGAAUAAAGACACUUAAAAUAAUUUA